AUGUCGAAUGUCUCCUCGCCGCCGCCGGGCCCUGCAUCUUCGUCCACGGCUCCAAGGAUUCCCAUUCCCACUGUGACGGGCAAGUUCAGGCUAGAUGCGGCAGAGACCCCAACCCCCUCCAGGUCGGGCAAAGAGCACCUCCUGCUCAUCGACGCGGAUGACCAGAUCGUCUACUCGGGCCCAUCGACGGGGAUGCCCCUAUUCGCUCGCCUUGGCUUGCUUCACACGGUCGAAGUCUCGGAAAGUGACACGACGGGGGCCUCGUUUGCCUCUCACUCCGCCGGCGCCUUGGGCAUCACGGGCGCCACCACCUCUUCCGGCGACUUUUUCGAUCUCUGCCUACAGCAUUGUCCACAGGAACUCAUGUUCAAGUUGAUCGGCUAUCAUCUAAACACGCGUCAGUUCCAGUUCACCUGUCCCCUGUCCCCUGUCCUUCGGCGCCUGAGUGAAGUGACACAGACUAAUCAACCUUCUCCUGAAGCCGUCUUCUUUCCGCUCCUUCACGCCCCUUCCUUCCUAUCUGAAUUUGUCGCGGUGACCCAGCGUCGCCUGGUAUGUACUGCCCAGUACGGCGCUUUCCUGAUGAGCAUCCUCGCGGUGACGGUGCGGCUGGUCGAAAGCGCAAAGGCCCUGCUUCCAGCUUCGGAGCGCGAUCAGGCUGGCGAGGCCUACUUUGAGCUUGCCCAAGACUUUCUGCGCAUCAGCAAGAACAAGCUCGACAUCCGGCACAUCCUGGCUCUCUACCACCUUGCCUUGUUUGCCGAAGGUCGCACCGGUUCGGCGAGCGCUGUCUCCAGUUUCGUUGCCGAGGCCGUCGGUCUGGCAUUCACCACUGGACUGCAUCGGAGUACCAAGGAGUUCAACAUGGAUCCCGUUACGCUGCAGAUCCGAACCCGUCUAUUUUGGGCUCUAUAUACUCUGGAUACCGCCCUUGCCUAUUCCCAAGGCCGCCCACCCCUCAUCAGGCUGUCGGAAUGCAGCGUGGAACUUCCCGUCAUCGUGGACAACGAAUACAUCAAAAAGACGGAGAUUCUUCCCCAGCCAGAGGGCGAUCCGCCACUGGCCAUGGCCGCAGCGGUCAAGAUGAUCGAGAUCUAUAUGGUCCUCGAACAGGCGCUGUCUGCGAUCAACGCGCCAUCAAGAACCCCUGCCGCCGCCUUCUCCCUGGCCGACGCUCCGCUGGAUCGCAGCGAGCUCAUGAGGCGGGCGCAGAACCGACUCGACAAGAUUGAACGCGAUCUCCCGCCGUACUUGUCGCAGGCCGGCGUGACGCCCAACCCGUCGUCGAACUUCUUCCACUCCUGCCGGGUGCGGACGACGCUCCAAUUCGUUCGCACGCUGAUCGCCCGUCAAGCGCUCAUGGACGAGCUGGAGUUGGAGGCCGGCCCCGGCCCCGGUCCCGGCCCGUCCAAGGAAAAGGAAGUGGAAGAGGGAGAGGAAGAGGAACAGACGGAGACACAGACGGGUUCAGGUUUAGGUUCAGGUUCUGUGUCGGCGACGUAUGAAGCCUGCCGCCUGUCCGUCGACACGGUCAAGACGUACUCGCGGCUCCGGCACCUGGGCCUCCUCCGGUUCUGCGGCUUCCACGCCGUGUCGCACGUCACGGCGGCGGCGCACACGCUCAUCGCCUGUAUGUUGCGUAGCUCCAAUCUCGCGUUCGAGCAUCGGCCCGACCUGCUCACCGCCAUCGACCUCCUGCUCGUCUUCUCGUCGCCCUUCCCCUACGUCGAGACCGUCGCUCAGCUGCUGGUCCAGCUGUCUCGCACGCUCGACCACAACCACGGCUCCGACAGCCAGAGCGAGGCCGUCGCCAUCCGCGUCCUGGCCCGCCGAAUGGCCCGCUCGCCUUCCAGGUCCAGAUCCAUGUCCAUGUCCACCUCCAGGUCUAGGCCUAUCAUGGCAGAAUCGUCCACCUCCAGGUCCAGGCCCGACCCGCCCGACUCUCGGUUCAAGCAUGCCGUCGGCGUCGGCGUCGGCAGCCAGGGCCCUUCUCACGCUCACGCUCACCCUCAAAGAUCAUCACAUCCUUCGGCUUACAGCGCUCCCUCGACCUCAACCUCAACCUACAACCAUUCCUCCCUCUCCAAUACCUCCGCCAUCCCUAUCCCGCCUCCGCAUCCUCCUCCUCCUCUGCGGGGGGACGCCUCGACCUCGACCUCGACCUCAAUCACGACUAAUGCUAACGCUAAUGCCAAUGCCAAUUCUAAUGAGACUUCCGCGUGGAUUUCGCUGCUGCCCACUGACUCGGUCGAGCCUCAGGGCAUAAUACAUCACCCUUCGGCCGAUGCGGUGUGGGAGGACAGCUUUUCAUUCCUAAACGAUGGACUGUUUAGCAAAUUGUGA